AUUUGAAAAGGAUCCGCACUUCGAACUCCUAUAAAUAGGACGCCCUUCGAACUCGUCUUUCAAACUCGUGAAGGGAGCCCGUCUCUUGCUUCCUCUUCUCUUCUUCCCUCCCAUGGAGGGGAGCAGUCGGAAUCCGUCGGCGGAGGGCUCCUCCCACGCGGGCACGCGGACGGAGGGCUCCUCCCGCACCGACGCUCGCCCCACCGACUGGAGGUCCCUGGUCAACACCGAGUCGCGGCAGAGGGUCAUCGCCAAGAUAAUGAACUCUUUAAAGAAGCAUUUACCACCAGGUGCUUCUGAGGGUCUAAAUGAUCUUCAGAGAAUUGCUGUUCGAUUUGAGGAAAAGGUUUAUGCUGCAGCUACAAGCCAGUAUGACUAUCUGAGGAGAAUUUCUUCAAAAUUGCUUUCAAUGGAAAUGAGAGCUCAAAAUGGUGUUGGAAUUAAUUUUUCACCAUCAGUCCUUGCUACUGGGAACCAAAAUUUGGCUCAUCCAGCUCUUUCAGAGUCUUCUCCAAUAGCAUCACUUGGUAUACAGUCACAAGUUAGCAGUGAACGGCAAUCCUUAGUUAUGUCUCACGUGAAUCAAUCUCCAGUGCUGCCGCCACUCUUGCCCCAGAAUCAUCAACAUAAAGCCACAUCAGCCACUACACCACCAGGGUCUGCCAAUCUUGCUCGUUCAUCUGUUUCAGGAUUCAGCGAGUACAUUGUGGCUAACACUGACCAGACCUCUCAUUUCCAGAAUAUAUCAAGUGUAUCACAGAACUCCAUUAACAGUUCUACAGGGCAAAGUUUAACACCAAAAAGAUAUGCCAAUGUACAAAGGCAGACGCAUGGUAGGCAACGACAACAACAGACACUCAUUGCCCAACAACAUCAACAGCAAUCACAAAACACAUUUGUUUACCAGCAUCAGCACCAGCAGCAAAUUCUGAAACAGAAUGUUUCUCAUCCUUCAUCCUUGCAAUCACAAAUUCAACAGCAGCUGCAACAGCAGCAACAGACUUUGCUGCAUCCUGACCAAAUGAAAUCUUCUCAACAACCUUUAAUGCAAAUGGCAUCCAGUCUUCAAUCAGGCCAGUCCAUGGUCCAGCAGAUGCAGCCUACAAUGACACAGUCAGUUUCACAAUCCAACCUUCAGAAAAAUCAUAUCCAACAGUGUCUACCAUCUUCACUUAAGCAACAUCCACAAUCAGUUGCAAGACAGAAAAAGCAGUCACAACCUAUUAUACACCAACAAUCAUCUUCACUUCAGCAGGAGUCUACUUCUGUUCCUCAACAAUCUAUCUUGUCCUCGUCACAGAAACUAAUGCGUCAGCACUCAAGUAUCUCAGAUAUGCAGCAGUCCAAGCUACUUGGACGACAAAAUAGUGCCUUGGACAUUCAGCAGCAGCAGCAAAGAUUACCAGGCCAGAAGAAUAGUUUAUUAAGCAUACAGCAAGCACUACCCGAGUCAAGUCAACAGAUUAUAUCUUUACAUCAGCAGCAGCAAUUAAGGUUGCAAAGUAACAUUUCUGGACUGAAGCCGCAACUGCAACCACAGCAACAGCAACAGCAGCAGCAGAUAUUUGGAUCCCAUUCUAGUGCCCCAAACAUGCAGCAAAAUCCGUGCACGGUGUGCUCUCCGCAACGAACAAAGGCUGUAACAGAGCAACAAAUCCAGCAGCCAACUAUUGCAUUCGUACAAUCACAAGGACGGCUGUCCCAAUACCAGUUGUCUCAAGAGCAACUGAUGUCUCAGGUUCAGUCUCAGCCUUCAAGAUUGCAGCAACAGUUGGAUAUGCAUCAGCAGUCAAAUUCGUUACAACAAGAGAUGCAACAAAGGCCUCAAUCUUCAGGUGCACUGCUUCAGCCUCAAAAUUUGAUUGAAGAGCAGAGACAAUAUAUUCAGUCGCAAAGAGGGCUUCCAGAGGCAACAUCUAAUACACAGAAUAGAAACGCAGGUGUUGUUGAUUGGCAAGAGGAAAUCUAUCAAGAGAUAAUGUCCUGGAAGAAGUACUCUACAGAGCUCAAUGAACUCAAUGGAAAGGUUAUUCUGAAGAUUGAGCAGCUUCAACAUGAAGGUGUCAAUCCGGCAACAAAGCAGUCAGAACGGCUUCACAGAAUGAAAAUAUACAAGUCCCUUUUAGAUGCCAUAUUACAUCUUUUACCAAUAUCCAAGAGCAAUAUUAAUUCUGAUGUGAAGAGGAAGUUUCCUUACCUUAAGAAAUAUAUGAGAAAUUUCAAAAAUUUAAAUAUGAAGAGGAGUGUUCCUUCUGAGUUUCAGGGACGUUCUCAGUCCAUGCCACAGCAUCUACCAUCUCAAGUUUCUCAGCUGCAGCAGCAUGAUGAUCGUGUAAAUGAGGUGCAACAGAUAAACUUGCAGUGCUUGGUAGCAUCAAUGCAGUCAGCUGCUGCCCCAAGCAUGCAGCAUGGAUCCAUGCAUUUAUCAAUGCCUGUUCAUGUUCCAACAGCACAGCAGAACAUGGCAAAUACACUGCAGCCAACUCCUAGAUUGGAUCCAACUAAGCAAGGAUCUUUGGACUCCAUGCAACAGGGAACCGUGGGUUUGGUGCAACAGGAUGGUGUUGGAUCUUUGCAGACUGCCAUCAGUGCAUCUCAACAGCCGCAUCUGAAGCAGCAGCACCAUGAACAGCAACAACAGCUAUUUCAGACUCAGCAAAUGAAGCAGCAAUUUCAACAACACCAGAUGCAACUACUGUUACAGAAACAACAAAAGCAGCAGCUGAUACAGCAGCCACCACCUAUGCAGUUGCACCAACAGCAAAAGCAACAACAAGUGACACAUUUGCCGCCGCAUCAGAUGCCACAGCAUCCAAAAAAUGAUGUAAAUGAGUUGAAGGGGAAACAAAGCUCUGGCAUCAAAUCAGGAUUAUAUCAACAGCAUUGCCCUGCAGGUCAGCACCAUAAUUAUACAAGUCCAGAUGGGUGUGAGGCCAAUGUUGUAUCCACAACAAAUCCAGGCCAAUCAAAUGCCAAAGAACAGCCGAUAGAACGCUUAAUCAAUGUGGUACAAUCCUUAUCACCAAAGAAGCUGAGCUCCCCUGUUAGGGAUAUGCGCUCUGUAAUCCGCAUGAUUGAUGGAAAUGGUGGUUUGGCACCUGGAAAUGAUUCCAGAGUUGCUACUGGUGAUCUAACUGCCAUACCCUUGAAUGUUAUGCCAUCAGCUGGCAGCAUGAAUGACAGCUCCCAACAAUCAUAUGAGCUUAAAAUAUCUGGACUUGAAUCGACUGCAACAUCCAAUCUUAAGAGACAAAAAGUUGAGGUCAACCAUGCUCUACUGGAAGAGAUCAAUGAGAUAAAUCAAAAACUGAUUGAUAUGGUGAUAACUCUAAGUGAAGAUGCCGAUGUGGCUGCUGCUGCAGUUCGGGGAGAAGGGACAGUUGUCAAAUGUUCUUUUAAUGCUGCGUUUCUCUGUCCAAACUUGAAAUCACAUUUUGCUUCAGAUCAGAUGCCCCCAAUUAUGCCUCUGAGAUUUCUCAUUCCUACCAAUUAUCCAAAAUCAUCCCCCGUAAUUCUAGAUAUGGUACCAAGUGAACUGAGCAAGGAGUUUCAAGAUCUUUCGGUCAAUGCAUGGUCGAGGUUCAGAAUAUCCCUCCGUGACCUUCCACAGCCCCUUUCACUUAGAGAAAUUGUAAAGACAUGGGAUGCCUGUGCACGCAAAGUCAUUGAGGAGUACGCUCAGCAAAAUGGGGGAGGUAGCUUCAGCUCUAGGUUUGGUGCUUGGGAGAAUUGUGUCAGUGCAUGAUCGUGCUGCCGUCAACAAUAUGGAUUCCUUAGGUCUGUCUCAUGGGUAUUUAGCCAUAAUUAAGUUACCAUCAUGAUGGGUAUUUUUAUGAAGGAUGCCUGUUGAAGACCAUAAAAUUUUGAACAAGGGAAUUAGCAAACAAACGGCUGCUGACAACAUUUUCUUCUGAGAUUAUGAUAAUUAUAAUGAAUUUGUUGUAGGUCCUAUAUAUUUUUUAAUUUAUUUAGCAAGCAACAAGCUGGCAUUCUUAGGGGUUUCAUAUGCAGAUUCAACAGCUGCAUGAGUGCACUCGAGAUGGAAUCAAUGUCUUAUAUUGUGUCAAAUAGAAUGUUUAGUCUUCUUGUAAUACCAUAUUGAAUUAUACAAUAUACUGGUUCAAACCUGGUUUCAGACAGUUUAGUUUUUACAUUAAAAAAUGGAAGUGUACAUAAUAGAAUUCGAUUUUCU